AUUUUAUGAAAGGGGUGAUGAUCGGGGGAGGAAAGUGUUUGUAGACUUGGAGUUGUAGUUUGGUACAAGAAAUGAAAAAGGGAGGAACUUGACUCUGAAGCUGUCAACUUUCUUCUACGCUGCAAAAACCAUGUCGGAAUCAUCCUCCAGGACUCCCAUCACUAUCGCCGGCGUUUCUUCCGAAGAUCGAUGCCAGCCAAUAAACAGCAUGGCAUCCGGCGACUCUUAUACACCCACCUCUAGCAUUACCCAGUCGUUUCAGUUUUCUUCCGGAAAUCCUCGCGUGGAAGAGACCAGGGGCGUGAUGCACCUCUUCCGCAACGAUGUGGCCUCAUCUCCCUCCGAAAUGCCUGCUGAGAGAAAACCUCUUCUUUGUGUGCUUGGUGUACCCAAUCACAUGACGUAUUCAGACUUCUGUCAGUUUUGUGGCUCAUUUCUGCAACAUAUGCUAGAAAUGAGAGUUGUCAGGAAUGAAGGAGUAGAAGAUCGAUACAGUAUUUUGAUAAGGUUUGAUGAGCAAAUUUAUGCUGACUCUUUCUAUGAACAUUUUAGUGGCAGACAUUUCUCAUCUCUUGAGUGCAGCAAGAGCCUUGCUAUGUUCUUUUCACGGGUGAUGUGCAUUACACUGGAUCAAUUGAGCAUUUGCAUACUUCUCCUCCAAGCACUACAGAACAACCAUCUUGUCCAGUCUGUCUUGAGCGGCUAGAUCUGGACACAAGCGGGAUUCUAACCACACUCUGCAAUCAUUCUUUUCAUUGUUCUUGCAUUUCAAAAUGGACAGAUUCAUCUUGCCCAGUAUGUCGAUAUUGUCAGCAGCAGCCAGAGAUAUCAAUAUGUAUCAUUUGUCAAACAUCAGAGAAUCUCUGGAUGUGUGUUAUAUGUGGUUUUGUUGGUUGUGGAAGAUAUAAAGAUGAACAUGCUAAACAGCACUGGAAAGAAACACAACACUGCUAUGCACUUGAACUGGAAACAAGACGUGUCUGGGACUAUGCUGGAGAUAAUUAUGUUCACCGUUUGAUUCAAUCUAAAACUGAUGGCAAGUUGGUUGAGUUGAACCACCACUGUGUUCACAUGAGAGAAGGUUGUUAUAACUGUGAAUGUGGCAUUGAUCCUGUAUUCAGCGAAGCUCUUCAAAACAGCAAAGUUGAAGCUAUUGUCAGUGAGUACGAUGAACUUCUGACCACACAACUUGAGAACCAGAAAGGGUACUUUGAGUCUUUACUACGAGAGGUUGAAGAAGAAAAUGAAAGGGAAACUUCAGAAGCUGUUGAGAAAGCUCUAAAGCAGAAUACUAGGCUGAUUAAGUUGCAGGCACGGUUGGACAAAUGUUCCAAAGAAAAGAAAUUUCAGGAUGAUAUCCAUGACAAUCUUGUGAGAAAUCAGAAAAUAUGGGAAUCCAAAUUUGUUGAAAUUGAGGAAAGGGAACGCAAGCUCUCGAAGGUGAAAGACCAGAAGAUUAAGGACUUGGAGGAAGAGCUUAUGAAUAUGAUGGCAUGCUUAGAAUCAAUGAAUACUACACAACAGCCGUCAUCAGAUUAAACUGGAGAAAAAGCCAGGAAUUAUCUGGCUGUGAUUUUCCAUGGAUUUCAUGUCUGCUGCAGAUCUGCCUCAAUUUGUCUCACUUUCAUGAAACUUCUUUCAUGCCUGUCUUUCAUGCCUGUGAAAUUUCAUAGCAUUACAAUGAUGAACGCAUGUUUAAAAAGAAAUGACCACCCAGAUCGUGGUAGUGAUGAAUGUUCAUCCUGAGUAUGCUGUACCUAUUUUUCAUUAUUUCGUAUUUUCGUACUUCGCUUCAGAUUUAAUACUCUUAUGUGCAGUCCUCCGUGUAAUAUAUAAAAAAUCUGUACUCUGCAAUCUCACUUCUUAAUAAUUCGUGUUUUUUCAUUAUUACAGGAACUAGCUAUAGUUAGUGA